AUUUUGUUCUGCGCCGUCGACUUGAGCGGACGCAAAAUCCGCUCCGAAGAACCAACCGGUCUCCGUCUCGCGGCGGCGUUGUGAGUCAAUCGUGUGCCAAGAGCUUGUCAGUCUUGGUUGAUCUUCGAAGCAGACAGGUUCUAUCUGAGCGAGCUCUCCACGCUUUGGAGGUAGAGUAUAGUGCGCGGAUGUUAGAGUUUAUUUUAAUAUCAAAAACCAAGGCACACCCAUCUCGAGUGAAUAUAGCUGACGAAGAAUUGGUGAAUUUGUAGAAGACUUCAACGAGGGAGCUUGAGAUACAUUGUUUUAUAAGGAGAAAUAUUUCUAGUACAAAUAAUUGAGAGUGUUUGUCCGAGUGCUUCAGAAAAUGGGGUCCGAGACCCGAAUUCUCGGAGGAGGUCGGCUGACCGUGGUGGUUGUGCUGCUGCUAUCAACGUCUAUUAUCGGAAUACAAUCUAUCAACUCACAGCACUACUACGAUACUGACCUGGUGUUUGAUGAUUCGUCGACGAUUCCGUCUAAGGCCAGUAAGCCAAACACCGCCACUAACCUUGUAAACGAUGACGAGGAGAGGCUGUUUGACUUGGGUGCCAGCAAUGAUCAACCAGCAUUCAUCAGUGAUGACGACAUCGAAGCAGCGAAUGAUUAUGAUGAAGACGAAACGCCAGAGGAGGAGGCGUACGAGAAUGAUGAGAUGCGUGCGAUCGCAGCGGCGCCCCAAGACGAAAGCCAGAACUGGUUAGUGCGAAGUGUGCACAGAAUUAAGCGAAGCAUUGAUAAUCUAUUAAGUGGUAAUGACAAGGCAACGAAAAAGCCUAAGAAAAGAAAGAACCCCAAAAAAAUGGUGAAUGGUAGCAAGAAGGUACGGGAUAGCGAUUUAAUUGUUGGCAAGAAGAUUGGCCGAAAGAAUCCGAAAAGCAACGAAGAGAAGAAAAGUGGAAAGCCGAAAAAUGUGCACCGAAGCCAGACAGGCAAACGCAGGGGACACGAGGAGGCGUUACGUCUGAAACGACAGUACGACGGUCUGGCUGACGAUGAAGACACUUUGUCUGGCUCGGGCGGACCAUUGGAAAUUGAAUCCGAAAAUGCGUAUAAACUCACGCUAACCGUAAUGAAACCCUGGCGUCAAGCCCUAGCCGACAAGGAAAGCACCGAGUUCAAACAGGUGGCCAGAGAAGUAGCGGGAACUCUUCACAAUUUACUCUCCCGUUUGGACGACGAAGCUAACUUUAUCAUCACCGUGCUCAAACUAGAGCGCAAUCCGGACAGUGUAGGAGAAACAUUCAUCACUUUUGAGAUAAACGUGGACAAGCACGCAAUCAAUAGGCAAACCAUUGAUAAUGUCCUGCGUACAUCAAUUGAGCAGGGAUAUGGACAAUUUGACAUGAAAGGAUACAGUCUUAUCUCGGAAGGUAUAUUGGACGAAGACUACACCGACACAGAUUAUGCUGAUCCAGGUACCGACAAGUCAAUCGAUACAGAUUUUGAAUCCGAAAAACCGUUCAUAAGCGAACGAGCUAACACUGUGUCCAGCGUGAAUCUUGAAGACGAUGAUGAUAACAUCAUUGUUGAAACUGAAACGCAACCUGCACUGCCACCAUCGACUCACAAGAACGACCCAACCGAGGACUUGUGCCGUGGGGACGACAAAGUUCGAUGUGGAAAAACCAACGUGUUCAUCUGUGAUAUACAACGAUGCGAUGGCCAACCAGACUGUCCCAAUGGCGAAGAUGAAGAUCCGGCUAGUUGUCCGGAAAAUGUCAGAGAUUGUUCCGACGACGAGUUCAGCUGCGAUCAGGAAAGAUGCAUUCCGAAAUCAAAGCAGUGCGACAGCCAUCAAGACUGCGAUGAUGGCACGGACGAGAUCGACUGUCCGACUGAGGCUCCGCCGGCACGAGAUUGCUUACACGAUGAGUUCUCCUGCCCUGACGGAAGCUGUAUUCCCUCUGAACAGAAGUGUGAUGGCGUACUUGAUUGUGAGCAUGGCGAAGAUGAGGAAAACUGUUCAGCAAAUCCACAUAAAUGUUUGGAAGAUGAAUUCCAGUGCAACGAUGGCCGUUGCAUACCAAAUAACAAUGUAUGUGAUGGAAGCAAACACUGCUCGGAUGGUGAAGAUGAGGAUUGUAUAACAGAAGGCGAACAAUGUGGUCGACAUGAAUUUAGUUGCAUCAGCGACGGAUAUUGUAUAGGGAUUGAAAAACGAUGCGAUAGACAAAUAGACUGCCUGGACGGUUCUGACGAAAAGGGUUGCGCCCGCUGCAACAAUGGAGAUUUUUUCUGUGAUAAUGGUCACUGCAUCCCAAUGGCUCAGAGAUGUGACCAUUGGAACCAGUGCAGUGAUGGAAGUGACGAAAGAGGUUGCACAAAUUCUUGCAACUCUUAUGAAUUUACCUGUGAUAAUGGAGACUGUACGGACAAGCACAAUGAGUGUAAUGGUGUUCGGGACUGCGGAGAUGGUUCUGAUGAACGAAAUUGCCCUUCAAGACGCUGUAAUGACAACGAGUUUGCAUGUAAUGAUGGAUCCUGCACACACCAAAGCAAUCAAUGCAACGGCCGUGACGAUUGUCCUGACGGCAGCGAUGAACAUAAUUGCCACGAUAACUCCCAUUUAAAGUCAUUGGAUCAUCAUAAUCACCACAAUCGUCCUAGCGCCUCUCAUCAUCACAAUCAGCAGACGCCCUCGCCGGCGCGCAACGAUCGUUGUGGACCAGAUAGCUUCGAAUGUCACGAUGGGAUUUGUAUAGCGGAUUACAAAAAAUGCAAUGGCAUAGUUGACUGCCACGAUCAGAGUGACGAAUUGCAUUGUCCAUAUGACUUCGAUGUCGAGGAAGGAGAGGAGGAGGAAGAAGAUACUUGCACCGACGAUGAGUUCUUCUGCGAUGGCCGAUGUCUAGAUAAGCGACUCCAAUGUGAUGGCAGGAUCGACUGCCAAAGUGGGGAAGAUGAGGAAAAUUGUCCCGAUUCGAAUGAAUGUAACGAUUCAGAGUUCGCAUGUGAUGAAAAAUGUAUUGAUAGAGAUGGUUAUUGUGACGGGUUGUCAGAUUGUGCCGACGGAACAGAUGAAAAUAAUUGUAUAAUUUGCCAGGCUGGAGCGUUUCAUUGUAAUAGUAGAGAGUGCAUUCCCAGUAGUAAACGUUGCGAUGGAACCGUGGAUUGUACCGAUAGUAGUGACGAGAUUGAUUGUAACUCAAACUCAUCCAACGGCACUAGUGGCGCUUGCAACAGUGAUCAAUGGCAGUGUGACAAUGGCAUUUGUAUAAAUAGCGAAUUCCGAUGUGACAGUCAGAUCGAUUGCUCAGACCGAUCAGAUGAGGAGAAUUGUCCUCCGGGUAAGUACUUUGCUAUGUGUGUGUGUAUUUACAUGUAUAUGUCCUUAUUGCUAUCGUUUUGCAACCUUUUGUGCUUACGUUUAAUUGUAACAUUAUAAAGCAACAUAAAAGAACUAAUUCGAUAUUUUAAACCAGACUUAUUUUUUAUGAUUUCAGUAGAUUGGUAUAAAAUUGAAGCAUAGUGCCACACGCCAUGAAAAAUUUUAAAUUCUUGCAAUUCUAAAUGCAUCCAAUGGAAACGCAACCUU